AUGAUGGAUCUACCUUUGGAUGACGAGACGUUGCAGCGUGUCGAUGGGAUAUUAGCAGCGGAAGUGGUUGCUUAUUACUUUCCAAAGCUCGUGCAGAUGCACAACUACAGCGCUGCUAACUCAGUCAAGCAAAAACAAUACAACUGGAACACUCUUAAUGGAAAAGUGUUUAGAAGACUUCACAUCUCUCUGUCAAAGUUAGAUAUUGAUGACCUUGUGCAGUGCCGAUCCGGCGCAAUUGAACACUUACUCGUAAAACUUCAGAUUAAAAUUGCCAAUCACGACAAAAAGCAGCCAUCGUCUUUGCCAUUGCCUCAAGCAACACGUGAAAACAAUGAUAAUGCAGAUGAUACAAGCAGUGUCAUCUCGGGAAACACAGCAAUUGCUGGCACGAUAAUUAAUAGUAGUCCAGUGGGUGGAUGCACGCGUGCAAGGCAAUCUCCGGUAGAUAAGCUCGGCGACUUGCGUGGCGAUUUGCUUGCGUCUACGUCCGAGUUGCCGAUGCAGGCUGAGGAGACAAAUAGAUUUACAGAGAUACCAGUAGCGCCUGUGGCUUCCAUCGAUUUAAGUGCAAAAGUUAUCAUGCCAAGCAAUGAAACUUUGAAGAUCGAUUUUCUUCAACAAGAGCUGCUGGAGAGGGACAGAGUUACUGUAGAACUUCGAGAGACUGUUCAAAUACUUAAGAUGAAGGUGCAAAAACUUGAGCAAUUAGUCCGACUGAAAGAUGGCAAAAUUCAAACGCUCGUGGCGAAAUUGCGCUCCCAGAAAUCCUAG